GCGGCCCAUCUUCUCUCACAAAACAAAGAGUUAGAGAGAGAGAAGUAUCUGGAUUAGAGAGAGAGAGAGAGAAUGGCUCAUGCUUUCGAGCAAAUCCAAUUGCCUCAGCAAAAGCAUCUCAAUGGGGGGUUUCAAUUCCCUGCAAUUCUAUCUCCAAACCCAAGUUUUUAUCCCCGCUCUGCUUCUGUUUCCCUCCAUGAAUUCACGCAAAGAAUCACCGAAUCAAAGCCAUGGCUCGAAAGCUUGCUCCUUUCAAGUGGGUCGAUCCUGUUCAGAGGUUUCCCUGUAAAAACUUCCUCUGAUUUUAACGCAGUGGUCGAAGCUUUUGGGUUUGAGGAGCUUCCUUAUGUUGGGGGUGCGGCUCCAAGAACCAAUGUUUUUGGUCGAGUUUUUACGGCAAAUGAAUCGCCGCCUGAUUCCCCAAUACCUUUUCACCAUGAAAUGGCUCAGGUUCCAGAAUACCCCACGAAACUGUUUUUCUUUUGUGAAGAGGAACCAAGGAAAGGUGGAGAAACUCCGAUAGUACUUAGCCAUCUCAUUUAUGAAAAAAUGAAAGAUAGGUUUCCAGAGUUUGUCGAGAGACUUGAGGAGCACGGUUUGAUUUACACUCGAGUAUUAGGUAAGGGAGAUGAUCCUUCCUCCCCAAUUGGUCGAGGAUGGCAAUCGACAUUUUUGACCCAAGAUAAAAUUGAAGCUGAGAAAAGGGCUUCUCGGUUGGGUAUGACGCUUGAGUGGACUGAAGAUGGAGUGAAGACUAUUAUUGGUCCAAUUCCUGCAAUAAAAUACGAUGCUACAAGGGGUCGAAAGAUAUGGUUUAAUAGCAUGGCUGCUGCUUACACAGGAUGGAAGGAUUCACGAAAUGACCCUGUCAAGGCAGUUACAUUUGGUGAUGGCGCCCCUUUGCCAGCUGAUAUCAUAUUGGAAUGCUUAAAAAUCUUAGAAGAGGAAAGUGUCGUAAUUCCAUGGCAAAAAGGUGAUGUUAUUUUGGUCGAUAACUUGGCUGUUCUCCACAGUCGUCGGCCUUUUGAGCCUCCUCGCCGUAUAUUAGUUUCUAUCUGCAAAUGAGAGUCUUUCUAUUUCACAUUGUCUGCUCUUUGGUGUCUAUUGCAUAUAAACCAUGUAUACAAUCAAAGAAAUACACACAUUUAUACAGUGAAUAAGGUUAUGUAUAAAUGAUGUGUAGAAAAAUCCGUCUUGCUUUGGAUUUGUACAUCUAUAUUGUUCCUUCGAAAUGAUCAACAUCAAUAGAUUUGAUAUCAUCAUGUAAGAAGCGUUUUACAUUA